AUGCUCUCCAACAACGACCCGCGCUUUUAUAUCCCCCCUGCGGGGCUGUUUCGAACGGAUUCAUCUACCAUGACGAACGCUAGCGCUUUCUCCCACAUGCAUCUUGUCAGCAACCCGGACUGGAUGUCUUCGUUAUCUGCAAACCAGCAGGUGGCCGCGGCACGCCCCGCUCGUGUGUCACCAGCACCGGUGGCCGUCAGACCUUCUGCCCCUCAGCCUCUCGCUGUACCAGUUGCCAUUGGUACACCUGCGGCAGCAGCAAAAAAGAGCUUCCUCGACAUCUUCUACCGUAGCUCUUCGACAGCGGCGCCGUCGAAGGAAAUGUCACAGCAAGCGAGCAGUGCGGCCUUCACGCUGAUGUCUGUGCCGCCCAAGGCAUUGGAUGUCUUCGACACCCCACCGCUGCGCGCCCUUCCUGUGGAUGCGCAGCUGCCUAUGGAGUACCUUUCCAAGUUGGAUAAGGUGGAUGCUACCAUCUCCGCAGCUCCACGCCACGUGCCGCCACGUCCUAUGGCACUCGGCAGCGACACAUGGAACGCACUGAGUAGUGUACCUCUUCCGCCGAAGACAAAGACGAGAUGUGGACCGCUGCUGGCCCCACCGAUCUCCAUCGACGGCGUCUCAAGCGGGGACCCCACUCCGCGCUGGAAAAAUCUCUUUUUCUCUUCUCGCUUCCGCGGGACUGCGCCGACGCUGGAGGCGUUCCAAAACGCACCACCUGAGCCCAUUCGGUCGACCUCACCGGGCAGCCCUCAGCACUGGAUUACUACCACUUCUACAACGACGGUGGCCACAGCACCUAUCCCGGUGCCACCCAAGCCGGUCACGGGAAGCCCACUGCGCGACGCUACCGUAAGAAGCCUUGAAGCCGGGGAAACCGCAGCGAUGCAGGUCAUGCACCACGAGCCGAGGACAGUGGCGCAUCCGCUGGUGCCGGUUGGGGAGGACACCCCUGCAGUUGUUAAGUCGGUGUUGAAGCCGGUGCAGCAGACACCCGUGAUAUCGACCAUGUUUGUCAACCCAGCUCCGAACCCAGUGAGUGCCACGUCUCCAGCCAAGGAGCCGGCUCCUCUUAGCCUUACUCGCAACGAGCCGGAGCAAGUGUGGCUCCCCGAGCACGUGGAGGAGUCCGUGUCGCCCUUGCCUAAGGAGUUCACUAAGUCUAUCGCGGGGCCGACUAUGGAACAGGCACAGAGGGACGAGGCGCGCACAUUGGCCAACGUGCGCAACUUCAUCAGCACGCUGUUCAGCGGUGGCAGAGAUGGUGAGACAGACUCGUCCACAACGGAGAAUCAGAAGGCGGACGGGUUCAGUGCGCUGGAGUUUGUGAUGAAUCGCCGCGGCACACAGGCCAAGGCGUCUCAGCCGGCGGACUAUAGUUCUUUCUUUAGCACCUCUUUCUUCGAUGACGACUGCGACGAAGACAGCGAAGAAGGCCUUGAGAAGUUGCGCCGUGUCAUCUCCAUUGUGAUGCAGUCGGCAAAGAACCACGAUGGCAAUAGUGUCUCGGAGCCGAUUAGUCAAAGCUGUUGUCGUGGCGAAGGUGGUGACGGUACCGGGGUGGUGACACUGACACCGUUCCCCAGCAAGUACACAGAGUUCUCUGCGUCGUACCAGACCACGAACAACAACGCAAACGAUAACGAAUGGAGGCAGUUUGCGCAGCUCUGA